CUUGAUUAUAGCUGUAAAGUAACUGUAGUUGAGCACAAAAGUAUCACAUUUUUCUCUGAACUGCAGAGGAGUAGAAGUAUAAAGUAUCAUAAAAUGGUAAUUUAAGAGUAGAUAAAUAAAUAAAUACUUAAGUAAAAUGCAAGCACCUCAAAUUUGUUCUAAAGUUCAGCAGUAUAUUUACUGAGCAAAAGAUGGCAUUUGAUACACUAUAUUUUCACUAUUAGAUAAUGAACUGUUAACAUUUUCCCCUAUUCAAUAUUCAAUAGAAAUAGUGGUCAGUCAGGGUCUUCUCAUAUGAAGAAAAUCAUUCACAGUCAAUGAAUAACUUCUCAACAGAUACGAUUUAACACUAACUAACACUAUUAUCAUUGUGGCUCCUCUGCACACACAAGCAGGCCUCAGUAAAGCCUCAUGUGGGUCAUUACUGUAGGACUUGAUAAAAAAGGAAGACACCCAACAAGUAUUUCGAGGUGUCGCAGUUUCUAUCUGUGUUGAAAGUUCAGCCCAAUGCACUAUUCCUCAAAACUCUCCUCUAAAACUUUCCUAGAUUACCAGACACUUUGACAUGCUGCUCAGUUAAGAUGACAUCCUUGUUUUAUUUUGACAAGUGGGAGUUGGAAAUUGUGAAUAUUAUGCAAGUCAAAAUUUGUCCUCUAACACAUUCAAGAAAUACCACCACUUGUUGUGCAAACAUAAUGGAUGAGUAGGGCUCUUACCGUAAAUUGUGAGUAUUAAUUAAAUCAGGUGACGAACGAUGAACACAGUUUAAUCGAGCCAGCUCUGCAGGGAGUUUAAAAUUUAGCAGCUAAAUUAAAGCCUUAAUUUCAGUUUAAACAAAGUUAACCCCACCUGAAAGGGGCAAAAAUAUGAAAUGUAUUAAGAGAGGAUAGAUGUAAAUUUAGACCAGUGACUGGAAGAAAAAGCUGAGGGACGACUGUUCCUUCUGCUCUGAUCUUGUGACAGCAUGGAUGACAGAAUGAAUAUGUAAAAAUUAAACAACACUGUUUUGUUGACAAGCUGCUGCAAAGAUAAACAGUAAAUGUUUAAUCCUACGCUUAUGAAAUCACAGACACCUUGAAAUAAUAGUAGUAGUCGUGUGGGCUUUGACAUGUAGAGAUUACUCAACAGGAAGUAGGGUGUGUUGACAAUGGUGGCAGCCAUGAAAACAUUCCACCCACACUAACUUAACUAUGUGACCAUCCUCACGUUCACAACGCUGUACCUUUCACCUCAUUCACAGAAGUUGUUUUUAACAAACACACUGUGGCAGACUUGCAUGUGUGUGCUGAUGUCACAGAUUCUGUGGUGCAUUAACCUCACACUCCGAUGCAACAAUUUGUAUCUUUUUUUUUUCCACAGUUGCUAUGAAGAGAGCAUCAACAAUAAGCCAAAGGAACACAGUGGUGACAUCCGUGCUGAGGCAGGCAGGUCAGCCAAACUUUGUUUACAUGUGGACCAUAUGUCAUCGACGUCAUCGCCUUGCUGCGUUCGACAAUAGGAAGGAUGCGGAGCUUUGAAGCGCACCAAAGGGGGAAGCACCAGCUCCAACCUCUAAGUAUUUACGCUAUGACCUACAUGCAUGAACCCAGCCUAUGACAGUCGAGGUACUAUAUGUCACAUCAGUGCCUGCGUCUGACGGUUGGUCCUCAACAGCAGCAACCAGGGGGACAGGAACAGGAACAGGAACUGCUCACGGGGUUUGACUGCAGGGUUUACUUGUAGUAUUGCUGCUGUUACUCAAGUACAAGAUGUGAGUACUUCCAACCACUGAUCCAAGAUUCCUGGAGUAGUUUGAGAUCUGUGAGCGAUUCUCAAGGCAACAUGGCUCCCAAGGACAUCAUGACCAACUCUCACGCCAAAUCCAUCCUCAAUGCCAUGAACUCACUUCGCAAGAGCAACACACUCUGUGAUAUCACACUGAGGGUGGAGAACACAGAUUUUCCGGCGCACCGGAUCGUCUUGGCUGCCUGCAGUGACUACUUUUGUGCCAUGUUCACCAGUGAGCUCGCAGAGAAGGGGAAAUCUUUUGUCGACAUUCAGGGGCUCACUGCAGCAACUAUGGAGAUCCUUUUGGACUUUGUGUACACAGAGACGGUGCUAGUUACAGUGGAGAACGUGCAAGAGCUGCUUCCUGCAGCGUGCUUACUGCAGCUCAAAGGGGUAAAGAGGGCGUGUUGUGAUUUUUUGGAGAGUCAGCUCGAUCCUUCCAACUGUCUGGGCAUUCGCGACUUUGCUGAAACUCACAACUGCCUCGACCUGAUGCAGGCCGCUGAGCUCUUCUCCCAGAAGCAUUUCUCCGAGGUGGUUCAGCACGAGGAGUUCAUGCUGCUCAGUCAGACAGAAGUCGAAAAGCUCAUAAAAUGUGAUGAAAUCCAGGUGGACUCAGAGGAGCCUGUGUUUGAAGCCGUGUUAAACUGGGUCAAACACAACCGCAAAGAGCGAGAGCCCUACCUGCCAGACAUGCUUGAAUUCGUCCGACUGCCACUCCUGACCCCCCGCUACAUUACAGAUGUCAUUGAUGCCGAGCCCCUCAUUCGGUGUAGCCUGCCAUGUCGAGACCUUGUUGAUGAAGCCAAGAAAUUCCACUUAAGACCAGAGCUGAGGAGUGAGAUGCAGGGCCCACGCACACAAGCAAGAUUAGGUGCCAAAGAAGUCUUGUUGGUUAUAGGUGGGUUUGGCAGCCAACAAUCACCGAUAGACAUAGUUGAGAAAUAUGAUCCAAAAACACAAGAAUGGAGCUUCCUUCCUAACAUUGCACGGAAAAGACGUUACGUCGCCACGGUGUCUCUCCACGAUCGAGUUUAUGUCAUCGGAGGCUAUGACGGACGGUCGAGACUCAGCUCUGUGGAGUGCCUGGACUACACAGCAGAUGAGGACGGUGUUUGGUACACGGUCGCCACCAUGAAUGUGCGUCGUGGCCUCGCUGGAGCCACGACACUCGGAGACAUGAUCUACGUGGCUGGGGGCUUCGAUGGCAGCCGGCGUCACACCAGCAUGGAGCGAUACGACCCUAACAUUGACCAGUGGAGCAUGCUGGGAGAUAUGCAGACUGCCAGAGAAGGAGCUGGUCUGGUGGUGGCCAGUGGACUCAUAUACUGUCUAGGUGGAUAUGACGGACUAAACAUCCUAAAUUCAGUGGAGCGGUAUGACCCACACACAGGCCACUGGACCAGUGUUACACCCAUGGCCACUAAGCGGUCAGGCGCUGGUGUGGCGUUACUCAACGACCACAUCUACGUGGUGGGAGGCUUUGAUGGUGUUUCACACCUCGACUCUGUGGAGGUUUACAACAUCAGAACAGACUAUUGGACCACUGUAGCCAGUAUGACCACGCCUCGAUGUUACGUAGGAGCAACUGUCCUCAGAGGACGUCUCUACGCCAUCGCCGGAUAUGACGGGAACUCUCUCCUCAGCAGUAUUGAAUGUUACGACCCGGUCAUCGACUCCUGGGAGGUUGUCACUUCGAUGGCGACGCAGCGGUGCGACGCGGGCGUCUGCGUUCUACGAGAAAAGUGAUCUUUGCCAAGAAGAAGAACCUCAAGAGGAAAAGCAGACGGGAGGACGGGCAGCUAGACUAAAAUGCCACAAAAACAGAACCACACAAAGGGAGAUGUUUGUUUGCCAGUAUGCAAAUAGGUACUCUUGAAAAAAGUACAGCAGUUUGGGGGCUGCCUCCUCGACUGGAUGGUCAACCCUUCGACAGUCGGACUGUGCAACAGAGAUUCAGCUUCGCCGUGGUAGACUUCACCUCCGAGGAGCCCAUCACCACUUGCAUGACUCUCUUCAGUGGUACUCGUUGCUGUCGUUACCUGUGAGAUUAUUUUUUCAGUUUGUCUUCAAAGUGCAAUAUAUUUCUACUCAUCAUAAGAAAGCGUGAAUAGACGGAGUUGAUUCAGACUCCAGUUGCUGCUAUAUGCCUUAUGACUUUGGCCUACAUCAAACAGUGAACAUCCGUGUUGCCUCCCAUUUGACUUUGAUGAUCGUUACACUACAUUGGCUUCUUAUCGAGUGCACUCAUUCGGCAUUUGCGAGGUCAUUAAUGGGUCAGUACUUCAGCCCUUUUUGUAAUUCUUUCUGUAAUCAGUGCUUUUAGACUCAAAUCACUUUAAUACAGGAGGUUUAAUACUUAUCGUUGCUCUCAGAAUAUAUAUUUAGAGAUCAAUAUCGUUUUAGAAAAUGACUGAAUUGUACCAGCUGAUUAUUUUGUCCCUGAAAACCACAAACCAAUAAGUAUGAGGUGCAUGUUUUUUGUUUUUUUCCCCUCAGCUUAUAAAUCUGGACAUGUACAUGUAGGACACAAAGUCCCAACAUCACUGUUGCCUGGGAAGUGAAUAAACACUCUGAGAACUGA